CGCCCCUGGGCUGCACAUCAGAGCUCGAUUAGCAGGGCUGGAGAAGCAGCUCGGCGCUCGGUUCUUUCUGCCUCUGUUUAGCGUGGCGUUAGCUCGGUGUGCAGCACCGAGGGUCCUCCGGUUCGGUUAGCCGCAUUCUCUUGGAUUAAAGAUGGCGAGUGAGUCGGUGAAGCUGUCCAAAAACCUGCUGCGGAUGAAGUUCAUGCAGAGACGUCUGGAUGCAGAGACGAAGAAGCAGCUGGAGGAGGACGAGCGGAGGAUCAUCAGUGAUGAGCACUGGUACCUGGACCUACCCGAGCUCAAGGCUAAAGAGAACCUGAUCAUCGAGGAGAGGAGUUUCGUUCCCUGCGAGGAUCUGAAGUAUGGCCGACUCUCCUUCAGAGGCUUCAAUCCUGAAGUUGAGAAGCUGAUGGCUCUGAUGAACCCCAGAGAGGAAGAGGAGGAGGAAGAGGAGGACCUGAGCCGGAUGCAAACAGAUGUCACAGAUGAAGAAAUGGCUCUGAGGUACGAGAGUUUAGUUGGAAGCAUGAAGAAGAAGUUUGCAACGAAGCGAGAGCGAGUGGCGCAGGAGGCGGACGAGGAGAACCACGAGGCGGCGAAGAGAGCAUUCGUGAAGCCUCAGGACUGAAGACGCUCGCGCUCCAGAUGUUUUUAGACGUGAGGCUGGCGUGGAGCAGCAGCUGUGUGGAUGUUAUACAUCCUGCUUUUAUUCCACGAGGAGGACACGAGCAGCCUCAGAGCUCCUGAGAGCUGCAUGUUUAUUCCCUGUUUGUUUUUUAACUCUGUAUGUGACUCACCUGAGGGGUGUUUAAAGCCACGCCUCCUCCACUUGUUUGCUCGUCAUGAGGAGGUGAAGGUUAGUUCAGACCUCUGAAGAAGUAAAACACAGACUGUAAAUAAAAGAUGGAGGAUGUGUUUAUUUCAGAGUGUCUCGUUUAAGCUCGAGUGUUGAAGCUCCGCCGCCUGACAGUUGGUGUGUUUAAAAACGGGUCGAACAUGGCGGCGGUCAAUGAACGUACAACGGUCUGGGCCGGGUUGCCAGCAGAGCGUGACAUACGGCAUUCGCCACGGGAGACGGAUCCUCGGCUGACUGCCGUGACAUCCGGGCCAGAACACCGCGUAGAUGUCUCCUCCGCCCGAGCCAUGGAGGAGAAGGUGGCAAGAAGCUCGUCUCCGCGGCGAGUGGCGGCCCCCUCGUUCCCAAAGGUGACUGAGAGGAAACCAGUUAGAGAUGACGGCUUAGAAACGUAAAGUGUUAACAAAUAUAAACGUAAAUAUAUGGAAAUAAUUAGAAAACUUCAAACUGAAAAUAAUUUCAGAGUCACAUGAAGUUUGGAUAAAUUAAAAUUUCAAAAUAAAAGUAAAAUUGUA